UCGGGCCCCCCUAUGUGUCACAGACCCCCUGUGGGUUUGAGUCUCUCUAUGGGUCUCACAAUGGGUCAGAUCCUGCUAUGGGUCCCACUAUGGAUCUGGAUCUCCCUAUAAGUCCCCCCCAUAGGUCUCACUAUGGGUCAGGGCUGUGCUGUGGGUCCCGCUAUGGGUCAGGCUGUGCUAUGGGUCAGACCCUGCUACGGACCCCACUUAUUCAUCAGACCCCACACUGGGCCACUACUGGUCUCCAUAUGGGUCAGACCCCACUGUGGGUCCCACAGAGCCCUGUAUGGGUCCCACAGUAGGUCAGGGUUCUGCUGAGGGUUCCGUUAUGGGUCAGAGCCCCCUGUGAAUCUGCCUAUGGGUCCUGCUAUGGGUCUGGGUCAUGCUACGGGUUGCACCCCCCUAUGGGUCCAUGGUGCCGUCCGUUGGGUGCCCCCCUCUCCCCACCCCACGUGUGGGGUUAUUUGGGGCUCUGUGGGGCUAUUUUGGGCCACUGCAGCCAUGGACACUUGGAGGGCAGCCCCACAGCGCGGAGCGGCCUCAGCCCCUGUGACCCACGGAGCCGGGGGGGGAGGGCGCACGUGGCGCUUGCUGUCGCUGCUGGGGGCGCUGCCGGCCGUGGCCGUCUGCAUGGCCAACGUGGCGCUGCAGGAACGUCACCACCCCACAACGCGACCCACAUUCGUGCCCUACCACCACCUCCGCAUCCGCACCAAGCAAUUCCCGUGGGGCGACGGGACCCACACGCUGUUCCACAACCCCCGCACCAACGCGCUGCCCUCCGGCUAUGAGCAGUAGGGCCUGACCCCACGGCAAUAAAUGCCCCUGGACACCCCA